AUGGGUGAAGCGGUGCAUCUAGCUUCUCGUCUGCUGCAGCGCGACGUGCAUACAAUACCAAGGGACCCAGCCCCAAAGGCACUAGCAACCUUUUGUUUCUAUCAGCACGCUGCUUUAGAAGCGCACACAGUGAGACGGGCAGAGUUCUUCUCCAAGGGCCCUCUUGUUGAUGUUGAUGUUGCGCACCACAUGUGGCCUAGUGGAACGUUCCGCUAG